AUGCCCGUCACCAAUUUCUCCCACCCGGAUCCUUACACUUACCAGACCGGCUUCGACUCCUACCACGAGUCCGAAGCGAUCGAGGGAGCACUCCCUAUCGGCCACAACUCUCCGCAGAAGGCCCCCUACGGUCUGUAUGCUGAGAAGCUGUCCGGUACAGCCUUUACUGCCCCUCGUCAUGAGAAUAAGCAGACAUGGGUGUACCGUAUACUCCCCGCUGCUGCCCACGCGAACUUUGUCGCCGAAGACGCCGAUUCCUAUCACACUCGUAUGACCACCGAGACACACAAGCUGCACCAUAUCCCCAACCAGCUGCGAUGGAACCCCUUCGACUUGGAUGAGAAGGUGGACUGGGUUCAUGGUCUGCACCUUGUUGCGGGCUCGGGAGACCCAACAUUGAAGCAGGGUCUGGGUAUCUUGCUCUACGCCGCCGGCAAGGAUAUGGGCAACGAAGCCUUCUACUCUGCGGAUGGUGAUUUCUUGAUUGUUCCUCAGCAUGGUGUUCUGGACAUCCAGACGGAACUGGGCCGCAUUAUUCUGCGCCCGAACGAGAUUGCCGUUAUUCCUCGUGGUGUUCGAUACCGCGUAACUCUCCCCGAUGGUCCCGUGCGAGGCUAUAUUUGCGAGCUGUACCAAGGCCACUACCAGCUGCCCGAGCUGGGCCCCAUUGGAUCCAAUGGCUUGGCUAAUGCCCGCGACUUCCAAGCCCCCGUCGCUGCCUUUGACGACGAGGAAGAGCCCACUGAAUACAAGUUGUUCAGCAAGUUCAACAAUACCCUUUUCUCAGCACGCCAGAACCACACCCCCUUCGACGUGGUCGCCUGGCACGGUAACUACUACCCCUACAAGUACGAUCUGGGCCGAUUCAACACCAUCGGCUCGGUCUCGUUUGAUCACCCCGAUCCAUCCAUCUACACAGUCCUGACUGGCCCCUCUGAUCACGUCGGUACUGCCAUUGCCGACUUUGUCAUCUUCCCUCCUCGCUGGCUCGUUGCGGAAAAUACUUUCCGGCCUCCAUGGUAUCACCGUAACACCAUGUCCGAGUUCAUGGGCCUGAUUUAUGGUGGAUAUGAUGCAAAGACUGGAGGUGGCUUCCAGCCUGCUGGUGCUAGUUUGCAUAACGUGAUGAGCGCACACGGUCCGGACUCGGAUGCAUUCGAGGGUGCGAGCAAUGCUGAGCUGAAGCCCAACAAGAUCGGCGAUGGCAGCAUGGCGUUUAUGUUUGAGAGCUCGCUCAUGGUCGGUGUCUCCGAAUGGGGUCUCAAGACAUGUGAGAAGGUGCAGGAGGAGUAUAACCAGCACAGCUGGGAGCCUCUGAAGCGCCACUUCAAGAACCCCAACACGGCUUAG